UUUUGUCGUCGCCUGUCUUUUUCCAUCAGAGGAACGGCAGGACAGUUACCAGAGUCAGUGGUGUAUACAGCUAUUAGCGUAGUAAAUUUUAUUAGUGCGGAACCAAAUUGAACCCAAUUGACUAUGAGUGUGAAACAUAGACUGUAUAAAGGUGUGAACGCUAAAAUAGUUAUAAUAGGAUGCGGGAUGUCAGGUAUAGCAGCGGCACAAAGGCUCGUUAACUCUGGUUUUCAUCAUGUGCGGAUACUUGAAGCAACUGCAAGAAGCGGGGGACGAAUAAAAACAGGCAGAUUGGGUGAUAAUAUUGUUGAGAUAGGGGCAAACUGGAUCCAUGGACCGUCCGAGGAGAACCCAGUGUUUUGUCUGGCCCGUCAGUACGGGCUUCUGGAUCCAGAGGCCCUCACCCCACAGAACCAGGCCAUGGACAUAGGAGGACAUCCCCCCUGGGUUCCCAACUUCUUCAGCAGUUCAGGUCAGAAGCUGACUGCUGAGGACAUCAAGCCUGCUACGGAGAUGUUUGCUGAGCUGCUACAUGAAAGUUCAGAAUUUCAGAGUCAAGGAGGAGAACCAUGGGCCUGCGUGGGAGAUUUCAUACGGUCAGAGGCACAAAAACGAGCAGCGGAGAAGUGGAAAGAUAUUGAUGCAACCACUAGAUCUCUGCGACUGUGUGUGAUCAGUAACAUGUUGAAGGUGGAGUGUUGUGUUAAUGGGUCUCACAGCAUGGAUGAGGUGGGCCUGGGGGCCUUUGGCCUUUACAAGACUCUACCUGGACUGGACUGCACAUUCCCAGGUGGUUAUGAAGAUCUAAUCAGAAACUUGAUGUCGGAGCUCCCCAGUGGUUUAGUGACCUACAAUCAGCCUGUGCGCUGUGUCCACUGGAACAACGCAGAGAAGAGAGAAAACCCUGUGAUGAUUGAGUGUGACGCUGGGGAGAGAAUUGCUGCUGAUCAUGUUAUUGUCACUGUACCGCUAGGAUACCUAAAGAAGCACCAUUCAGCCCUGUUCCGUCCUCCUCUCCCUCUACACAAGCUGCACUCCAUCCAGAGACUAGGUUUUGGAACAAACAAUAAAAUAUUUGUGGAGUUUGAUUCACCGUGGUGGGAUGCUGACUGUGAGGUCAUCUACCUCGUGUGGGAAGAUGAGAAUGACAUGGUGGACCAGGUGCCGGAUGUACAGAGAUCUUGGAUAAAGAAGUUGUUUGGCUUCACUGUGCUCAAACCCACUGAAAGGUAUGGCCAUGUUCUGUGUGGCUGGAUUGCUGGACAUGAGUCAGAGUAUAUGGAGACACUGUCUGAACAGGAGGUCACACAUGGCAUCAUGCAACUCAUCCGCAGAUUUACAGGAAACCCUACCAUCACCCCGAGGAGAAUCUUGCGCUCCCAGUGGUUUCAUGACCCGUGGACAUGCGGAUCUUACUGUCACCCAGCAAUAGGCUGUUCAGCGCAGGACCUGGAGAACAUGAUGGAGCCCCUGCCCACGAAGGGAUCACAGUCACAACCCCUGCAGGUGUUGUUUGCUGGAGAGGCUACUCAUCCCUGCUACUACUCCACCGUUCAUGGAGCUAUUCUCACUGGGUGGAGAGAAGCUGAUAGACUCAUCUCUCACUACUCCUCCAUCAGUCCAUCUGAGCUGCCCAAGUCUAAGCUUUAAAAGAACAAUACUGCUUUAAAAAAAGAGAUUUAUAGCUAAAAUCUGCAACUUCUUCAAACUGUGAUCUCAGGGUUAAUUUGGAGGAGUGUGUGGAAGCCUGCUGUUUAUUUAAAUCAGUCACUUAAAAUUUUGGAAAGCCAGUGAGGUGUGAUACUGCUGACCUUAUACUGUGGAUUUCACUGCAUUAAAAUACACAUGGACUUGGAUGGUAUUGGACAGGCAAUCAAGUGAUCAAGUAAUGAUAUUGAUAUAAUAAUUAUGCUAUUUCAGUAAAUACAUUAAGGAUACAGCUGUAAAUAUAAACUGAUGAAAGGCCUCUUUGUAUAUUUUUAGUAAAGAAAAAUUAAGGAAUUAACUUAAAUUUACACAUGUAGUAAUCUUAUUUACAAAUCAGCUAAUAACAGUUAUAGGAAUUAAUAGUGAUUUUGUAACUUCAUUGUCUUAUUUUAAGACUGAUUGAAUUUCAUACAGUUUUUCAACUUUCUUGUUUUCUAAUCUAAUUAUUGUAUUGUAACUGGCUGUAAUUAACUAUAUUAUUAAUAAAUAGAAAUGUAUAAAUAAAUGA